GGCAAAGCUUGCGGCGUCUGUGGUAACCGGGCUGUGAAGGAGGGAAGGGGCUUGUAGCGGUCAGAGGAGAGAAUAUGACUGCUGGCUCAGUGUGUGUCCCUCAGAUUAUACCACUGCGAGUGCCUCAGCCUGGAAAAGCUAACCAUGAAAUUGAUAACAAUACUCUUUUGGAAAUGAAAUCAGACACCCCAGAUGUCAAUAUAUAUUAUACCCUGGAUGGCAGCAAACCUGAGUUUCUGAAGAGAAUUGGUUAUGGUGAAAAUAAUACAUUUAAGUACACAAAACCCAUUACUUUGCCUGAUGGAAAAAUACAGGUUAAAGCCAUUGCAGUUUCUAAGGACUGCAGACAGAGUGGAAUAGUAACAAAAGUGUUUCAGGUAGACUAUGAACCACCAAAGAUAGUUUCUUCUGAAGAUAACAUUGAAAAUGUUCUCAAAGAUUCUUCAAAGCAGGAAUUGAAAAAUGGAUUGGAUGGAUCAAAGCUAAAGAAGAAAUAUAAGAAUGCUGAAAAUAAAUCUAGUUGGAAUGCUAACCUUAGAAAGUUUCCAGACCUCGAGGCAGGUGAAGAAAUGUACCCUAAAACUCUGAAAGAUCUUCGCUUCUCAGAGAGUCCCCUGGAAAUCCCAGUCUACCGUGAAGGAUCAGGCUCUAGAUCAUCCACCCACCAGUCACAGCCCCCUGGAUUUGCACACAUAAAUGGCCGUAAAAGUCUGACAAGCACGGAGGUCAUGAGGAUUCAAAGACAGACAGACUUUCUCAAGUGUGCCCACUGCUUGGCCCCCUACCCACCAGAUCCCUAUGCUCGCUUCUGUCAAGAAUGUGGAGCUCCUGUCCCACCCAAUUUUGGCUGUCGGCUUCCACCCCCAGAAGGAGCUCAGAUGGGUUUGUGUAUAGAAUGUGGAAGCAUGGUACCCAUGAACACCCCCAUUUGUGUGGUAUGUGAGGCCCCUCUUGCCCUACAGCUGCGGCCACAGGCCAGUCUCCACCUGAAGGAGAAGGUGAUUUGCCGUGCCUGUGGUACAGGGAAUCCUGCUCACCUGAGGUACUGUGUCACCUGUGAGGGGGCCCUGCCUUCAUCACAAGAGCUUAGCCUUCCUGCUAGCCACUCUGUUUGCUCUAAAUGUGGGGCCAGCAAUCACCUGUCUGCCCGGUUCUGUGGCUCCUGUGGCAUUUAUGUGAAGUCCAAGGGAAGACUCAGCUUGGACAGCAGCCUGGCACUAGUUGCUGAUGAACCUCGUCUUUUUCCUGAGCCCCGGCCUGCCUGGCAAUCCCUAAAUGUCCCCAUAUCUCAUGCUGGGACCAGGAAGAACAUGGGCACACAAACUGCUGGCCUGUUCUACCCAUCUGGCAAGCUACUAGCACAGAAGGAACUGGAAAUGGCUUCUCACAAGCAGAGGCAGGAGAAGAUGAAUGACCACAAACCACUCCUCACAGCCAUCAGCCCAGGAAGAGGAUACUGGAGAAAACAGUUGGAUCACAUCUCUGCUCACCUCAGAUCUUAUGCUCAGAACAACCCUGAAUUCCGGGCCUUGAUUGCUGAACCCAGGAUGGGAAAGCUUAUCUCUGCUACUGUCCAUGAGGAUGGCUGUGAAGUUAGCAUCAGGCUGAAUUAUAUUCAGGUCUCUAACAAGAUGUAUCUGAACAAGGCUGUGAAUCUGAGCGACCACUUCCUGAGCAGUAUUGCUGAGGGCAGUAAUGGGCUGUACGGCAGCAGGUCCAGCUUAGUGAGUGUCUACAGCCAGAGUACCUCAGACACCUCGGAAAGAGUCAAGAGGAUGAGGAAUCCCAAGACCAAGAACUUUCACAAAAGGAAAGAACAGCUUGUACCUGAAAAUAGGCUCCUGCUGGAGGAAGUCGGCCCUACAGGGGAAGGACGAGUCUCUGUGCUUGAACAGCUGCUGGAUGAAGGAGCAGACCCCAACUGCAGUGAUAAUGAAGGCCGACCUGCUAUUACUAUGGCUGUUGUGAAUAAGCACCAUGAAGCUAUUCCAGUUCUCGCUCAGAGAGGAGCAGACAUUGACCAGCAGUGGGGACCGUUCAGAAAUACAGCUCUUCAUGAAGCAACCCUGCUUGGCCUGGAAGGAAGGGAGAGUGUCGCCAUGUUACUGGGAUGCAAUGCAAGCAUCCAGAAGAAGAAUGCAAGAGGCCAGACAGCAUACGAUGUGGCUCUGGAAAUUGGGGAUGACCUCAUCAUCAAGCUCUUUGCCACUAAGUUCAGCCAAGGGCUUGAAGACCAACUCACCCAACCCAGGAAUCUCAGCUUGAGUGACUGUAAGAUCUGAGGGAGCCAUGGAGCUCUGCUAAGAGAAAACCACCUUGCUCUGGUUCUUUGUUCAUUUGUGAAAUGUGUAUUUAUGUUAGGAAUUGCAGUUGAGAGGAAUUCAGUAGAUUAUUUUUUUAAAUUAGUGUUAUACCUCUAAUACCAUAUGCAUGCCUCCCAGUGUAUCUUAGGUUGUGAUUAAUGUCAUGUAUGCUUUUUCAUAAUUAAUUCCUAUUUUUUAACUUGGCCUUUAGUUGUAAAUUUAUUUUUCAACGAAUAAGUAAUUGCCCAUGGUUCAAAGCUGAAAGGUAUACAGUACUAACCAGUCUCUUCCUAUCAUGUCCCAUAGCCAUUACUUCCUUCUUUAGCAGUGCCAAUGACACUAGGGCUGGCCCUGUCUUUCCAGAGGUGGUACAGCAUUAGUAGCAUGUAUAUAUGUAUAUGUGCAUGUUCCCGUGGACUAUACAAAAUGACAUAGCACAUAUAUGUGCUAUAUAUGUUUUACCCCCAUUUAUCUUCAAGUAACAAUGAGACUUAUAUAGCUCUAAUAACCUGUUGUUUUUUUUUAAAUUUGUAUUCUGGCAGAGUGAUAUAUGCCUUAUCUUAGCAGAGAACAAUGUAUCUACAAAGUGUCUUCCUAAGAUUAGAAAGUGGUAACUCCAAUUUACAUCUGCUGCUCUUACCAUCUAUGUAUGCUCUUGACAUAUGGCCUCUGGUAUUUUCAUACUUUACCCAGCGACCUUUCUGACCAAUGAGACAUGCCCCCCUCACCCACAGUACACGAGGGGUUGAAAAUAAUUCUACCAGGACAAGGCUGCCUUACAGAUUGGCCUAUUCCCUCCUACAAAAGAAGGAAUUGUUGCAUUAAAACCCUAUCUUAGAAACGGGUUCCAUAUUACUUUAAUUUGGCUUCAAUUAAAUCUUCUGGAACCAAGUCUACACACACUUAUUUAAUGUGACAUUGUGUUCAUGGUUGCUCCUGCCCGCUACUCAUAUCCCAUAUACUUGCCAUCAGUGUAAUUAACAAUUACCUUUUUUUUUGGUAUUUUUUCUUUUCCCUCUUUUUUGGACUGAAGGAUAGAGAGCCAUUCUCCAUCACAAACCUGGGAGGGUUUUCCUACAGAUGUGUGGAUGACUGGUAAGUGGUAGCAGAUAUGACAGUGACAGAAAUUUUUGUCUGCAAAGUGGAAGCCAGGCAUUUUGGUUUGCAUUUUUACUUGCUAAGAGUCUAGUAGUUAAACCAUUUAUUUGGAGAAAAGUUCAUGUCGUAUGAGAUUCUCAUCCUUCAUAUGCUUCUAGUGAGAUAUAUCCUUGCCUUUUGUUUAUAGAAUGGCAACUAUAAAUCCAUCUGGACACAAAGGAGGUGGCUGCCACCUGCCUAUCUCUCUAUAUGACAGGCAACCCUUCUACUGUUGAUCAGAAUCCAUCAAUAAUCCAAGCAGUAGUGUGGUUUUCUACAUUCCUCAUAACUGCUUUCUCACUGUAAAUCUUAUUGACCAAUUUGGAAUCCAAAGAGAAUAUAGUGGCCUAUACUGCCUGGAUAUCUGUCCUUCACAAUUCUAUUAAAACAAAAAACAAAAAAAGGUCCCAUUUCUGUUUUUUUGCUGAAGCACUAAAAUUACAUAACUUUGCAUGCACAAACACAGCUAUGCUUGCAAUCAUAUGGAGUUGGAAAUCAAAGCAUCUUAGACACAUAGUUGGGGAGUAAAGGAAAAGCUGGCAAGAGAACCUAUGGGAAUUGGAUCAGCUAAAGACAUUGGAAUGGCAUAAUAAUAGCACAGUCACGGUUCUUGGCCAUAAAAAGAGGGUUAUAUGUGGGAAGAGAAUGAGAAACUUGGGCUACUAGAAAUGUUCAGUGGCUAUGUAAUCAGUGAAAGAUAGUGGAAGCCAAGUGACAGAUGAACUAUUCUAUUAUGGAGUUUUCCUGUGAAGGAUGGACUUGCAUGACCCAGGAGAGGGACAUCUGCUCACAGGCACCUCUAUAAUCUCUC